AUGUAUGAAAUACAAUGUCCUUGUGUUAAAUGUUGUAAUACCACAUUAGGAACACGUGAGACAGUCAGAACACAUUUGAAAGUAUAUGGAAUAAUUAAAAGUUAUACCUUUUGGUAUCAUCAUGGGGAAGUCUUAGGUGAGCCAGAAUCACAAUGUGAAGAUGGAGAUGAUAAUGAAGUAGAAAAUUGUGAGAAUGAGGAUGAAAUACGAGAAAUUUUGAGAGAUUUCUAUCCUAAUCAUUAUGGACACACUUUAGAUGUUGAUUGUGAUGAUUCACUUGAAGAGGAACCAAAUGUUGAAGCCAAAAAGUUUUAUAGUCUAUUGGGAGACUUUGAGAAGCCACUGUAUCAAGGUUCAAAAAUUUCAAAACUUUCAACUUUGAUUAAGUUGCUUCACAUAAAAAGUAUGGGACGUUGGAGUAAUGAGUUAUUUACAAUGUUGUUAAAAAUGUUAAAAGAGGAGUUGUUGCCAGAUGAAGCCGAUUUGCCAAAUACAUAUUAUGGGGCAAAGAAGGUAAUUCGAAAUCUUGGGCUUUCCUACGAAAGAAUUGAUGCUUGUAGAAAUGAUUGCAUGUUAUAUUGGAAGGAGGAUAACUUACUUGAUUCUUGUAAAGUUUGUGGUGAAUCUAGAUGGAAAGUUGAUAAACGUAACGGGGAAGCAAAGAACAAAAAGGCCGAGCCUCAUAAUGUUCGACUUGGACUUGCGAGUGAUGGUUUUCAACCAUUUCGGAAUGCAAAAACCUCAUAUAGCAUUUGGCCGGUGGUACUUAUUCCUUAUAACUUACCACCUUGGUUGUGUAUGACACAAGAAAAAAUUAUCAUGUCCAUGCUUAUUCCUGGUCCAGAUAGUCCAGGUGAUGCAAUUGACACAUAUCUUCAACCUUUAGUAGAAGAAUUGAAGGAGCUAUGGAAUAUUGGUAUUGAGACCUUUGAUGCAUCAACCAAACAAAAUUUUAAGCUACAUGCUUCUUUGUUAUGGACCAUCAAUGACUUUCUAGCAUAUGGAAAUUUAUCUAGAUGGAGUACCAAAGGAAAAUUGGCAUGCCCAUGCUGCAACAAAGAUACUUCCUCAAUCAGAUUGGCCAAUUGUAAGAAAGAAAGUUUUAUGGCUCAUCGUCGUUAUCUUCCUCGUAAUCACAAAUGGAGGAAUGAUAAGAAGUCCUUUGAUGGUACAGAAGAGAAGAGGCUCCCACGAAAAAACGUUCUGGUAUUGAGAUUCUUCAUCAAGUUCAAGAUCUUGAAGGGUUACAGUUAA